UCACUGAAAAAAAUAUGAAAACACAAUUAAAUAGAAGAGCAGCCAAAGCUGAGAUAUUUGAGGCACAACAUGCCACCAGGUCAGCGCGCGCUGUGGUUAAAGAAGAGCCGGGAGUACAAACGUCUGGGCGCAGGCUGUUACUGCCGGGACCAGAGUCCGAGUCGGAGCUGCCACGGCUCACACACAGGGGAGAGUCCUCCCCUCAUCUUUAUCUCUCUGGUGUAACAGAAGUUUCAGAUGACCUGUGUGGCAGUGGGAACUACACAGCAGAGAUGAGUCUGAACCUGGGUGGAGGUGUAGAGCCUGGGGAUUCUGUGCCUGCCUUGGGGACCCUCAGAGUGGUUAUCAACCUGAAGACAAACAACAGUCGGGUAAACCUCGAGGUCACCUCAUGUUGCUUGUCUCCGAACAUCCAGCCUGACCUUAGCAACUCUACCUGCUGCCUUUUCUCCAGGUUAGCAGCAGAGCCAGCGGGGAUCACAGUGCUGCCCAGUGUCCUGUCAACCAGUGCCAGCUUCACCAUCAAUCUCUUCCAAAGGAUUAAUUACUCUGUAGUGUACCUACACUGUGAUCUGAGUGUCUGCCUGAAGAACCAAUCUGACUGCGAAAGGCAGUGCCUUCAGCAGAGGAGUGCAUUUUCCUUAGAGGGUCCAGAGGCUGUUCUUACCAAUCUCAGGAAUCGAAUAUCAUUUGGUCCCAUGUUGAAAGAAGUGAACAAUUCUACCUUCCCAGGGGAGAUAGAUCCAUCCGAGCUGGACUUGGUUCUGGUCAUCGUCAGCCUGGUGGUUGGCUUCUCUCUUGUCACAGUGAUGCUGCUGCUGGUGUGGCUGGCCUACCGUCGCCGGGCGAUCUGGCUGCUCCACUCGGCAGCUCCACCACAGGCCUGCUGUGGCUGUCUGCGCCCAGGAGGUGACUUGAUCCUACCCUGACCAAGGAGGAACCAUUGCCAAUUAAACUGAUCACGUCUUCAUCAAAAUAGCUGCCAACAAAUACAUUAGUCAACAGACAGUGGAGCAGUCAAUCAUAUUAACCGUAGAGCAGCGGCGGGCAGUCUUAUCAGCCGGUACAGGCCAGACUAGAUGAGGAGCAAUACAAUUCACACCUCUCAUAGGUGACACAGCUGUUGCAGUCAAAUUUCACACUUAACCAUGCGCAGUCUAUUAUCAUUCACUGAAAAUAAACACCAUCACCCAAUAGAAAAGAUGCUCUGAUCCCUUUAUUUACCCUCAGUGGCAACAAGUCAAUACUCUUUGUAUCCCAGUUUGAGAUUGAUAGCCCGUUAAUACUGGUUUAAUAUAAUGCAUGCAUUCUUGGCUUGACAGUUAUAUUGAGCCGCUGUGAUCGACUGUUUAUUGAAAAUGUCUUUCAU